AUGAAAAUCCAAUUAAACAAGUCUAAUGCAACAAAAGCAGAACUGAGAAGCAGAACUGAGAACCACAGCAUGUCAGAGGAUACUCCGGUAUUGCCAGUGCAUCAGGGCCAGGCAAUUAUGGAUCCAUUGCCUAUAGCAGCACCUUCGCCACGUCAAGUUCUUAGAAUAUGUCUGAAUAUGAAGUAUUUAAUUGACAAAAUAAUACCAACAGUUUUUGACGUUGAACAGGUUACACGUCGCCAUUCAAGGAUUCUUAAUGAAAAAGUCAUUAUGUUAGCGUAUGAUGCCUGUGGUGGCAAGAAGAGCGAUAAGAAAAGUGUACAGAAGUACCGUAGUGUUUUGUUAUUUUGUUUGCUGAAGGUUUCUGUGUGGUACGAAGAUCUAUCAUUCAAAGAACUGCACAAUGCGGAGCUUUACGAACUGAGAUCUGUCGCCUGUCAGCAUCUUUGUAGGGUUAUCAUUGAACGGGAAGAGGUAGUUGAUUUGCAAUUCUUGUUCAUGGAAAUGUUAUUGCGUCGGUACGUCAUAAACGAAAACGAUGAAGAUAGUGAACCUGCCAGUGUUUUGGAGAUGGCUGCCGAUAUUCAUUCUACAAUUGUAAUUGGUUCUAGUGGAUUCCAAAGAUGUUUGAAGUGGUUAUGGAGAGGCUGGAUUAUACAAUCGCGUGAAGAGCCUACUGUUUUUGUGAGGGACAAGACAAUUGCUUCCAUGUCAUUUAAAUCUCACUUCAGUCCCGAAAGAAUCAAAACCCCCAUGUAUCAAAAUAUAUUACAAGUAAUGUUUUCGAUAAUUUUUUUGAUUUUGUACACUGGAGUGGUAAAUGACAAGGAUUCGAUUCAUGUGGCGCCUAUUGAUGGAAAAGAGUGGCUAUUUUACCUGUUUACUUUGGGUUAUAUUAUUGACGAAAUCAGCAAGCUUUAUUACAUUGGAUCCGCCUAUUUAUCGUUUUGGAAUGCAUUCAAUGAUACAUUAUAUACCAUUAUAUGUGCAUCUCUCUGUUUUAGGAUUCUCAGUGUGAGCCCAAUCAGAACUGGCAGAGAAUCAGAAUACUGGGAUGUGAUGUCUUACAGGAUCCUAUCUUGUGCAGCACCCUUUGUCUGGUCUAGAUUACUUCUUUACCUGGAAUCGGUUCCUUUUGUUGGCGUCAUGCUAGUUGUAUUGAAACAUAUGAUGACUGAGUCGAUUGUGUUCUUUUUUUUAUUGUUUUUAAUGAUUAUCGGUUUCCUCCAAGGUUUUGUUGGCUUGGAUUCUUCUGAUGGUAAGAAUGAAAUUACUGGUGAAAUUAUGAACAACUUGAUAAUAACAAUUUUAGGAUCUGGCAGUUUUGAUAUCUUCAAAAAAUUUGCACCUCCUUAUGCUGCAAUUUUGUAUUAUGGAUAUUACUUCAUUGUUAGUGUUAUUUUGUUGAACAUUUUAAUUGCUUUAUAUGCAAAUGCAUAUGAUAAAGUUGUUGACAAUGCCGGAGAUGAAUACAUGGCGCUAAUGUGCCAAAAGACUCUUAGAUUUAUCAGAGCUCCAGAUGAGGACGUGUAUGUCGCCCCGUUAAAUAUCAUCGAACUUUUCAUUCAUCCAAUCUUGAUGCUUUUACCAAAAAGAGAAGCUAUCAAAUUAAGUCGUGUGAUUAUGACUAUUCUUUACUGCCCAAUGUUGAUAUUUGUUGCUGCAAGGGAAGUACGUGAAGCGCGCCGUAUACAAUACAAUAGGAUUAAAAGACUGGAAGAUGAUGCCAAUGAAUCAGACGAGGCAUGGAAUCUCCGUGAUGGAUUCGUUGAUUCUAUAAAUGAUAUGUUAACAACAGAUAACGCCGCUGGUAUUCAGGAAACCCAGGCUAAAAAUGGAAGAUCUUUAAGGCUUCAAAGAGAAGCAGAAAAGGCAGAUCCAAAUUUCCGCGUAUCAAAAGAAUGGUUUGAAACAGUCAAAAAAUCUGUACAGCCCGUUGCUGAAGGUUAUUCCUCUGGUAUAGGUUGGGAGUUAUUUGACCUUUACAACCAAGUUCAGGAGAGAAACACACAAUCUGAAAAAAAAAUUGAUGAACUGACAACUGCGGUCAAUAAGUUGGCCGAAUCGAUAAAAGAAUUAAAUCUAGGAAAUCAUUCCUCUUAA